AAAAAAAAAACGGUGCAUUUGAGGAAAGAGAACAAAGAAAUCAUUGCAUAUAAAUAAGUGCAGCCUCAGCGGCAGCAGUCGUCCACAGGCAUCGUGCGCGUUUGCACCACAACCUUCUCAGGCACUUCCACUUCCAGCAGCGGAGCUCGAGGAUACAGGAGGAGGAUGCGGGUCUCUGGGCUUCUGUCAGGCGCUUUUGCUCUGCAUGUGCUCCUGACCGUGAGAUGCAUGCCUUUGCAUGGGGGACGAGGACUCACGAAGCACAAACAGCCUCCGGGCUUGCCACAAAUUCCUCAUGCCCUGUCUGAAAAGAGGAGAGACAGGGUCCCCCACCCUCAGGACACUUUCAAACCUCAAGCGUGGCCAAAGGAUGAGCCACAGCUCAACACCCAACUCAGGAACAGCUCCGGGGCUGCAGGUCCACUGCGCUGUGGCGUCCCAGACUAUCCCGGCCAGAGAGAGGUGCAUCUCAGCAGGCACCCCCGACAGAAACGCUUUGUGAUUUUUGGAGGACGCUGGCCAAAAACGGACCUCACUUACAAAAUCCAGAGCUUCCCGUGGCAGAUGAGUAAGGACAAAGUGAGGCAGGUUUUUCAGGAAGCUCUCAAGAUUUGGAGUGAUGUCACUCCCCUCACCUUUACUGAGGUUGUCAACGAAGAGGCCGACAUAAUCAUUGACUUCAAAAGUUCCUGGCACGGUGAUGAUUUGCCCUUUGAUGGCCCUGGUGGGAUCCUGGCUCAUGCUUUUUUCCCAAGGACACAUCGGGAGGGAGAAAUUCAUUUUGACUAUCAGGAGUUCUGGACUUUGGGCAAUGAACUUGGAACUGAUCUUCUUCAGGUGGCAGCACAUGAGUUUGGUCAUGUUCUGGGUCUGCAGCAUUCUUUGGAGCCUGGAGCCAUGAUGUCCCCAUUUUACAGCUUCUCUUAUCCUCUCCAGCUCAGUGAGGAUGACAAGAAAGGGAUUCAAUACCUCUACGGCUCCAGGCCACAAGCCCCGAUCCAAGUCCCUAUAGAAACCAAUGAGAUUAUCACCAGUGCACCUGACGCUUGUCACACAGACUUCGAUGCUGUGUCUGUAAUCCGUGGGGAAUUGUUCUUCUUCAAGGCCAGCUAUGCCUGGCGCAUCAGGGACGGCCGUCUGCAGGCGGGAUACCCUGCCCUGGCCUCUCGACACUGGAGGGGCAUUCCAGAGAAAAUAGGCGCCGCCUAUGAAGACAAAAAGGGCAAUAUCUGGUUCUUUGAAGGUUCCAACUACUGGGUGUUUGAUGCAGAGCACAAGAUAAAAGGACCGGACCAUCUGCAGAAUAUAGGCCUUCCUGUCACGCACAUUCAGGCUGCACUGCGCUUAAAGGGGCACCACAGCCACCAUACAUACUUCUUCAAGUCAGGAAACUACUGGCGUUCGGAUUCCCAUGAGAACAGAGUGGACACAGCCCACUACCCACGCAGAAUCCAGCAGGAAUGGUGGGGCAUCCCUAAUGAGAUUGAUGCCGCCUUCCAGGAUGCACACGGCUUCGCCGUCUUCAUCAGCCGUCAACAGUACUGGAAGUUUGACCCAGUUCAGCGUAAGGUUUUGGAAGGUUACCCUCGCUACGUCGGUCCAGACUUCUUUGGAUGUAGCAUGCCAUAAACCCUCAGGAAACUUUUCUGUCUCUUACAACAAGUUUUCACACUCUGGUCUAAAGCAUAUAGUGUAAAUUUCCUUACAUUUUCAUGAUGAGGAACUGUAUUAUGCAAUCUAAUUUCUUGUUUCCCAGGCAUUUCUCUUAUCUUCACCUCAAAAAUGUCUGAUUGAUCUAACUUCUUCUCAGGAAAUCUUGCACAUCUGAGCUUUAUGAACCACGAGCAGCUAUGUCUGUAUUUGUUGUAUUAUCAAGCAACCACUGUGUAAAGAGACAUAAAUACCCUGUUGUUAUGGUGCUAAACAAGGUGCUUAAACAUUUGUCAGGGAUCUUUGCAACAGUUGCAAUGUCCAUAACUCUCGAAGUUUUUAUGAUUUUCUGCAAGUUUUAUUGUAACUUAAACUGUGCAGUUUGUAUUGAUUAACAAGAAAAGUUUGUAUAGACAUUAGGUCUCUCAUUCAAAAUGUUUUUUUUCUUUUGCAUAGGGGAAGGAUGUUUUUUAAACUCUUGACACAUAAUCAUUUGUUUAUGAUAUUGAGACUGUAUUAACAGACAAACUAGCACUCUUCAGUGCAGGACACUGACAAUGUUUAAAAUCUUUUUUUUAUAUAUAUAAUAAUAAUAAUAAUAAUAAUAAUAUACUACAAUAGAUCAGCUUGGCAUAUUUCUUCACAUCCUCAGUGUACAUUUUUUUUUAUAUAUAUAUUCUCUAGUUUUUAUAGUUCUUACACUAUUUUCUUUGGCUUUUCAUAUUUACUAUGUAAAUACUUUUAUAAAA